AUGGCAAUUCUAAAUGGGUAUUUGUCUGAUGAGUUUGAUAUUAAGUCUCCGUUUCACAAAUUCUUUGAAGCUUACAACUCGAUGAUGGGUCUCUCUGAAGCCAGUGCCACGGGAGAUAAAGAUAACGUGGACAAUAUACCUGUUGUGAAGAAAAUGCGAACGGUUAGAACGAAAGCCAUACCUAUUGCAGAGUGCAAGCUCGAAGGAAAAAUGAGUUUCGCUAAAUUGGAUGACGAUGACCUUGUCCGCGCGACAUGGACAAUUGAGUUUGAGAAGCCCAGCUCUGAAAUCGACGACCCAAAAUUCAUCAGGAACAAUUGUGUCGCGUUCUUUACGAAAAUGGAUGAGUCUCUUCUUGAGUGA